GCUUUACUCUUUGAUCACUAGUAUCAGUGAUUGUGCGUGCGAAUUUUUUGUGGAAAAGGCAAUUAUUACAUAAAAUUUUCCAUUCGUAUUAUUUACCAUUUUCUGAAUUAAAACUAUGGAUUUUUGAGAAUAUUGAAGAAUUAAGAUAGCUAAAUAACGUCAUGGUUGUAUCACCUCAAAGUCCCGUUACAGACGCCCAAAACCAACAAGCAAGAAAACUCAAUAUGGCGUCCAAACAGACGUCAGUAGCUGAUACAAGAACAGAGUUAGCGGAAUUGGUUAAAAGGAAAGCAGAAGUCGCUGAAACAUUGGCAAAUUUGGAACGUCAAAUUUAUGCUUUUGAGGGUUCCUAUUUGGAAGAUACUCAACUUUAUGGUAAUAUAAUUAGAGGAUGGGAUCGAUACCUCACAACCAAUAAAAGUACAAAUUCUAAAGCAGAUAAACGUAACAGAAAAUUUAAAGAAGCAGAGAGAUUAUUCUCUAAAUCAUCAAUUACAUCUAUGGCAGCUGUUAGUGGGCUUGUCGAUCCUGCUGAAGCUAAAAAUGAGAGAAACAGCGAGACAGAAUCACAAACAAAUGAAGAUUCAUCAGAUACACAAAUCAGUUCUGGUCUAAAUAUAGGAAAUUUAAAUCAUACUACCAUACAUGGAUCCUCUGAAAGUAUUGCAUCCAAGCCAUCUGGAAAACAGCACACAAAUAUUAAUAUGGAUAAACCUAUGAGUCAAACAAAGCAGAGUGCUACUCAAAAAAUUGCAACUUCUUCUGGUAUGCUGCAGAAAGCUUUUAAUGAAAGUAAAAUGUUGGCAGCAGUUGGUCUGGAUAGUCGACCUGGCACACCUAAAGAAAAAGAUUUGGCAUUGAAUGUAUUGAACAAAAAUGAAAAUACCCCAAAUGCACUAAAACAUAAAUUGUCAAAUAGUAAUUCUAGUGGUAACAGUGUCAAGAAAAGUAACAACAAAAAAGCUAGACACAGAUAAAUUUCUUUUUUGGCUCACAAAAAUCUGUGACGGUGGUUGCAAUUGUAACUAGCCAAGGUGGUUUUACAUAAAGCCGGUUCUCAAGCUGAGAUGUUUUUUUACAAAGCUGAUGCAAUAUGUAGUCCAGUCUUGCUUGAUAGUGACAUAUUUCUUGCCCAACUUUGCAAAUGCCUCAACAGUAUCAUAUUUAUAGUACAAUUAUAAACUAUUACAUACUUGAAUAGUAAACCAGUAAAUUAAUCAUGCCUAAAAUAAUUGCUCUUAGAGUGAGGACUAUUUUUUUUAAACAGUUUUAUUUAACUUACCUGGUUUGUGCCUUGUGAGAUUGUGAAGGUAGCAAUUAAUUGAAAGUAUAUGGGUCUUUCGGGUGUUUUUUUAGAGUCAUUGUAAAACCAGUCUUGGACCAUCUAGAUGAAUGUUUUCUUCAACCCCUUCAAUAUGGAUAACAAAAAAAGAAGUAAGACUUGUAUUCUGUAUUAAACUAUACAAAAGUCUUAAUCAUAGGUUGCUGCCACCACAAACUGCUGGAUAUUAUCAUAGAAUUGCUAGGAACUGGCAGAAACACACUAAAUCUAAUCAUUCUCUGAAUAAUUGCUAGGCCAAUUGAGUGGCACAGGGUGGAAAGUCUGAGAGAAGGAAAGAGUGAUCUAAAUCUAGGUGAGCUGCGUAUGCGACACAUAAAUUUCAGCAAAUGAGGAGACCUGCAAGUGGCUUAACCCAAGGCUGCCUGGCAAUUCAUACUCAUCUUAAGAUACUAUCUUUUUAAGUUCUUGUCUAAAACUUAUAAAAUAGUUUGUGGAAGGCCUGAAUCUUUCAAUAGAUUGUAAUAUAGAGAUUCCGUCAGAUAGUUACAGAAUUUUGCUGGAUGGAUUUAUUCAGACUUGGGACAUAACUAGAGAUGUAAAAAACUGUUUUUUUAAUGUGAUAAAUAAUUGUGUUUUUUUUUCUGGAGCAUGUUUUUUCACCAGUAUGGAAUUGAAAAUAAUAAAAGGAAGUUUCCGUUAAAUAUUAAUACCAACGUUAAUAAAUAGCCUAGAUAUACUACGUGCGCUCUAAAUGUGUCCCAUCAAGAAGUAUGUACUUGAAAACCACUCGAGCACUUGUUGGUUCACAGUCACGCGCGGACCGCUGAAAAGUUGAGAUGCUGCAGAGCUCCGUGAAAAAAUGCGCAAAAAAAAUUGAAGUAGUGUCGUUUUUCGAUAGGUAUCUAAUCAAUGUUAAUUGAACGCAUUUAAAGCAAAUUUUGUUCUAAUACUUGCUAUAAACAUUAAUAGAAAAUAUUUCUGAUAUUCAAAUGCAUGGUAGCUAAUAUAGCCUCUCUUUUCCUCGCGGUCCGUACCUGCUAUAUUGCUAAAGCGGACUACUAACAUCCCUGCCGCAGGGGCAAUCUAGGGUGUAAGAGUGGGGAUGACCCUCAAUUGUGAAGUGUGUGGGGCAACUUUCUAAAUUGGUCCUGUGGCAGGCCAGUAUUUCCUUUUUUGCGCUAACACCAUGGAAAAAGCCAAGGCCCUACCUACUGAUCUUCUGAUUUUUUUAUAACACUGGGACCAUCAUCAACGCGUGUGUUUAGCUCAACAUACCCCCGAACACUGAAUAGCAGGCAUGUGUAUAGAGACAAACCGAUAUUGCCCCGACCGCUGUGCACCCUAGAUUCUCCCUGCGGCAGGCAUGUCAGUAGGCCGCUUAACAGCGCAUUCAGAAUUGCUCGAGAGUCAAGAAAUAAGGUCUACAUUCUUCCGCAUAAUACAGCAGUUAGUCGUAAAACUUUACGAGCUUGCAAAUUUUAGAACUGUCAUAACUCUGACGGAUGCGUUUUAAUGAAGACCUUUAGGCGCUUUGCAGACGACGGGGCGGGGCGGGCCGGUCAAUUUCGCCGCGAAUAAUAGCACAAAGUGAAUCCUAUACUACAAACGCACACGGACGGCAAAAAGACCGCGCCGCAGGUGCCCGGCGGGCAGUGGCGGCGCGGCAUGUCCGCGGCUGCCCGCCGUGGAUCAUACAAACCAGUUUAUAUGCAGUAACGCAGACGGCGGCGCGGGGCGGUCAGCUUAGUCCGCGCCACGCGCUUAUUAGUGAUGGACUAUUCACUAGAACGAACGUCCUUAACUGACCGCCUCUGCCCGUCGCGGUCGUGUGCUUUGUGUACGCGGCGCGGACAGCCGCAGACAUCGACGGGCAGACGCGGUCUAUUGCUUCGCAGACAAAAUGCCCGCCCCGCCCCGUCGUCUGCUCAACGCCUUAUUCAGUUGAAUUUAAGGUGACUGUUUAAAAUGUCUAAAAUGCCUUUUACUGUUUUGGAUUACGCUAUCAUCUCAAGGAGGUCAGUGGAUCGUCCAAUGUACCUUUUGGACAUGUUUCGGUCACGAUUUUGUUCGUGAUGUUGUAUCUAGGGUAUUAAAUAACGUUGAUUAAUAUUUAUGAGUCAUUUUAAACUUUUGUUUAUUUCAAAACCUACCACGCUUUUUGAUUGAAAAUUACCAUUAAACAAUUGGCAACACUCACGACGUACGGUAAAACCCCGUUUCGUUUAUGUUUGUUUGAAGUAUGAACGCAGUUACGAGUGCGUUUGAAGGAUGAUAGUUUUUCUUAAGC